UGUUUGCAAAGUUCCUUGUUUGCAGAUUUCCUUGUUUGCAAAGUUCCGCAUUUGCAGAUUUCCUCGUUUGCAGAUUUCCUAGUUUGUUGAUUUCCUUGUUUGCGGAUUUCAUUCUUGUUUGCAAUGCUCCUUGAUUGCAAAGUUCCUCGUGUGCAGUGUUCCUCUUAAUUUAUUGUGCGAUAAAUUGAUUGUUUGCAAAGUUCCUUGUUUGCAAAGUUCUGCAUUUGUAGAUUUCCUUGUUUGCAGAUUUCCUAGUUUGUUGAUUUCCUUGUUUGCGGAUUUCAUUCUCGUUUGCAAUGCUCCUUGGUUGCAAAGUUCCUCGAUUGCAGUGUUCCUCUUAAUUAAUCAUGCAAUAAAUUAGUAGUUUGCAAAGUUCCUUGUUUGCAGAUUUCCUUGUUUGCAGAUUUCCUAGUUUGUAGAUUUCCUUGUUUGCAAAGUUCCGCAUUUGCAGAUUUCCUAGUUUGUUGAUUUCCUUGUUUGCGGAUUUCAUUCUUGUUUGCAAUGCUCCUUGUUUGGAAAGUUCCUCGUUUGCGGUGUUCCUCUUUAUCAUGCGAUAAAUUGGUUGUUUGCAAAGUUCCUUGUUUGCAUAUUUCCUUGUAACUUAAGCGGCUGAGGGGGGGAAGGAAGGGGCCGAGGCUGUUAGGAAUGGUGGGAGUUGGAGUCCAAAACACCCGGAGGGAGGGCCAAAGAAUCCAACGCAUCCAACUCUAGGCUGCGAAAUAGCUGUGGACGCCGCUCUCCGAGGUGCUGAAAUUCACCAUCCAUACUGUGAGUUUUCCGGGCUGAAUGGCCAUGUUCCAGCAGCAUUCUCUUCUGACUUCCAAGCAGACCAAUGCAAGGCAAAGGUCAGGAGAGAAUGCUUCCGGGGCCUGGCCAGGCAGCCGUUCCGGGCUCGGGCAGUAACGCUUCCGCCCUGGACCUCCUCAGAUCCCGGCCUGGGGCGGGUCCAGCAUGCUGUCGGUGACGUACAGCGGAAGCCUGCGGAGCGUGGCCAGCCGCUGCCUGUCCGAGUACGGCCUGGGCCCGGCCUCUGCGGCCACGGGAGACCCCACGGCGGACACGGAGCUGCGGCGCAUGCGGGACGUCCGGUCGGCCGCCCAGGCCAAGGUGCGCGAGGAGUUCCUCCGCAUGCACGGCCUCUCCGCCCUCGACGGCGUCGCCCACCAGACCGGCAUGGCCUACCGAAACCUCGGCAAGUCGGGACUGAGGGUGUCCUGCCUCGGACUAGGGACAUGGGUGACGUUUGGAGGACAGAUAACAGACGAGAUGGCGGAGCAGCUGAUGACGCUGGCCUACGACAACGGGAUCAACCUCUUCGACACGGCCGAGGUUUACGCCGCGGGGAAGGCUGAGGUGGUCCUGGGGAAUAUCAUCAAGAAGAAAGGAUGGAGACGCUCCAGCCUGGUGAUCACAACCAAAAUCUUCUGGGGAGGAAAGGCCGAGACGGAGCGAGGCCUUUCCCGGAAACACAUCAUAGAAGGCUUGAAGGCCUCCCUGGAGCGUCUGCAGCUGGAAUACGUGGACGUGGUGUUUGCCAACCGGCCGGACCCCAACACGCCCAUGGAAGGGAACUCUUUUAGCUCUUCCAAGUCACGAACGUUCAUCAUCGAAGAGACGGUCCGGGCAAUGACCCACGUCAUCAACCAAGGCAUGGCCAUGUAUUGGGGGACGUCGCGGUGGAGCUCCAUGGAGAUUAUGGAAGCCUAUUCGGUGGCGCGGCAAUUCAACCUCAUCCCUCCCAUCUGCGAACAAGCCGAGUACCACAUGUUCCAGCGGGAGAAAGUCGAGGUCCAGCUUCCGGAGCUUUUCCACAAGAUCGGCGUGGGCGCGAUGACGUGGUCCCCCCUGGCGUGCGGAAUCGUGUCGGGGAAAUACGACGGCGGGAUCCCGCCUUACUCGCGGGCGUCGCUCAAAGGCUACCAGUGGCUGAAGGACAAGAUCCUGAGCGAGGAAGGCAGGCGGCAACAAGCCAAGCUGAAAGAGUUGCAAGCCAUCGCGGAGCGGCUGGGAUGCACGCUGCCCCAGCUGGCCAUUGCCUGGUGUUUACGGAACGAAGGCGUCAGUUCGGUCCUUCUGGGAGCUUCCAACGCAGACCAACUAAUGGAAAACAUCGGAGCAAUACAGGUCCUCCCCAAACUUUCCUCCUCGAUCAUCCACGAGAUCGAUAGCAUCUUGGGCAAUAAACCCUACAGCAAAAAGGACUACCGAUCCUAAUCGGACGGACGGACGGACAGACGGACCCCGCUUGCCUGGGACUUUUCCCUCGACUCCUCGCCUCUCCCGUUUGCUUGCUUAAAGCUACAUCGAAGCCAAGCGAAGAGUUAGCGGCCCUCGCCCAAGAAUUAAACACCUUAACCGGCGCGUCCUGUGGGGGAAAGAAACCACGUCCUUCUUUGUUUUGCUCGUUUCCGAAACAUCGACGGACUGCGCGGGCUUCUUAGCGUCUCUUUUGGGUUCUAUUAAUACCGGAACGCGUAGUCCGUUUCCGGCCAAACGAUGCCUUUUAUUUUUUUGGAAAAGGAGAAAAACGCACCGUGUUGUUUUUCUCCCUUUCUUAUCUUUUUUUUUAGUUCUUUUCUCCCGACAACGUUAUGCACAAAGUAUUGACCGGCCGGAUCCGUUAUAAUGAGUUAAAUAACAGCAUUUGUGCUCUCGACGUCUGGCUCGGGGUGCGCCGAAAGAUGCAUUAUAAAGUCACUGUUGCAUGCAACGCGACCACUCACCCGCCCAAAAAAAUCCUCCCAAAUCAAAUGUUUGCGGAUGACAAACAUGGAGUCCAAGAGGAUCUCCCGUGUGAGUUUUACGAGGGUCCGUAGCCGGUGUGAGCCGUUCUUUCCAUAAUUCGGUUUCUAGAGAGAGAAGGGAGGACAGUCUUGUCUGUAAACGUCUGCAAGGAUGUCGGAAGGAAACGGGUUGGACUAGAUGUCCCUUGGGGGUCUCUUCUGACUCUAGGAUUCUACGACAGCUACGAGCUGGAAAGUCUGGACAGCGAGGAGUUUGAAUUGGACGCGGGUUGAAAAUGCUUAGCGGAAGGAAGGAAAAUACGAUAUUCAGAUUGGAAAGGAAUAGAAAGGCCGAUAUGAAAUCCUGUCGUGAUUUAGAAGGAGUAUUGUGGUAUCACAACAGUGGAAAACAGUUAUUUUUGGAGAUAGGGAUGUUAGAAGAGGAAGAGGACUAAAAGACAGAAAAAGCCUUUGACAACAUAAAUGGGGCGAAAAAAAAUAUUGGUCUAGAUCUCGGAGCCAUUAGAAUAAGACCUGAGGAGAUUUUGUGUCUUCGACCAUAACACUGCUACUCUUGUUUAGUAACCUCUGAGUGCUGUUGCAUUUCCAACAAAGGCAUCCUGUUUCCAUAUUGACAUUCCUUAGGGAGAGUCACCCUGUCUGGACCGGGUGCUUCUCCAGGUUUUGUUUCGUAGUCCAAAUUACGGUAACUGUUCAGAGUAAUUCCGUUGUCUUCCCUGUGCAUUUUUGUUUCCGUUGCAUCAUGAACGUGAUCCACAGCCCGUCCGGGAAGUAGGAAGCGGCCUCAAAGGGUGUAGGAAGUGGCUGUGGAAAAGCAGUUUGCUCCCUCCGGCUGCUCAUUGCUGCAAAAUGCAUGAACCGUGCCUUAGCGAGACGCAGAAUGAAUUUAGGAAAAUUAUAAACUCUGUCUUCCCCAUCUUCAAAUUGUCCCAUAUGUUAAAAGAUCCAGUUUGUCUUAUUCCUCUCCCUCUUUACUUUAGUCCAGAUCCGAUACGGAUUCCUUAUGAUUUUUUUCAAAAAUCCGAGGGCGUUGCAUUAUUCUCCUCUUUUUUUUUUUGCAUGUGAUGAAAUAGCUUCCUCAGUUUUCCAUCCUUUGAGCAACCUGUGAGGCUCAAUCCUUUCUCCCGAGAAGGGAGGUUUCUUUCUUUCGCAUGCUCUUCCUAAACAAUUGUCUGCAUCCAGACAUUUAUGGGAGGGAAAUCGAUUUUCAAAACAGUACAACAGGGAGAGAGAGAAAGAGGAACCCCAAAGAAAGAGAUGAAGUCAAUUUGUAGUAUUGUUGGGCAGAGAUAGUAGAGUCGAAGGAAAAUACUAGCAAUCCCUUUGCAUUUGCCUUGGAAUCGUAGCAACGAUGCUUGACCGAACGUUGCUUGACUGAAUGGGGAAGCGGCAUCUAUGCGGAGGUCGGCUUCCGUUGCAUCAAGCCAUAGAUUUGCAAUUUCAGUUUCUUGUGGCUUUCCGUUAAUACCUGUGGACGGACCCAACCUGGUCCUUGUUUCCGUGUCGAGCUUUUAGAAACUGCAUUUGGAGUCCCUCCUAGUCUGGUUGCUGCUGCGAUGCCUCCCUUUUGUCCGAUUCCAGUUGUAGACGUGUGUCAUGUCACAUGAAUAAAGGCUCUAUUAUAUGCACAUCCCUCAAGGGCAUUUCCAUGUGAACACAUGUUCCCCGUUACACGUGCACUCCCGUUACUUGCAGGGAGUGACCUCAAAGCGAUCUUUCCCAUGAAGAAAUUUGUGGGGUCCUGCUCAAUCCAAGUGGCAUAACCACAACAUCGUAUUAGCCCCUCCGACAAUCUGGACCAACAUCACCUAAUUUAGUCCUUGAAAGCUCUUAAUUUCUGAGACAUGGGGACUCUAUUCCUUUUUUAAAAAAUUACUUUUGCAUCCUUUUGUCAUGCAAUUCCUUUUUUUUUUUUGCAUGGAACGAGCACAAAAAUAGUGGUUGAAGUCUCCAAUGCUUCCCCUUAAUUUAUCUUCCCAAAAUUUGAAAAUUGGCUCCAAAAUGGCAACUGGAAGUGACAUGACCUCAAUUCCAGGAAAUGGAAGGAGAUGGACAUAUAUACAUGAUGAGGUGCAAUUCUGGCCCCCGUCCCACCUCCCGAAUUUUCCUACUUGUUGAUCGUCGUGCUCACAUUCCUAAUAGAGAGGAAUUACUCAUCACGAUCCACUCAAAAUAUAUUGUUGACCUCUUGCGACUGAUGCUAUUAAGGGCAGAACGUAGUAAAAGGGCAUUUCGGGGGUGCGAAAUCCUUUCAGAUUAUUGUAAGAAUCAUUUCUGAUAGCUCAGGGCAGAGGAAAACCUUUUCAUCACAUUCCCGCUUGGAGGCGAAAAGAGCACAAGGCAAAACGGAUGCUGAGCGGCGUCAGUCGCCAGUCGCAUCAACAGCACAUAUCGUAGCGCCAGUACUGUAUAUUCAAGUGUGUCCAUGUGUUUUCUUCUAUUUUUUUAAAUUAACGAACACGGUCAUCGUCGUUACUUUUAUUUAUCCCUGCAAAAAAAAAAAAAACCCCCGAUCUCUGCAGCGUAAGCCAUUCGUGACGACGACAUUCAGGGAACCCUAGAAAUCCUUGUUGACGCCAGAGGAAUCUGUGAAUCCGCUCUUGUUUAAUCUUCUGGUCUUGUUCUUGUUGUUGUUGUUAUUCUUGGAUUCCAUGUAUGUAAAUUGGAAAACAAAGCUUCCCCCCUUUUUCUAAAAAAAAUGAUAUGUAUAUAUAUAUGUAUAUAUAUAUAUGUCCCGCAAGAAAACCAACCGACGAACCCAACGACAACUGAUGUCUGGAACGACUUCUCCGACUGUGAAUCCCAAGCUAUUUAGCUGCGUUAUCUUCUAGGCACCGGCUGCUGGGCACACACACCGACCAUGCUUCUCGACAAAAGAACUGGACUGAAAAGAUCGCUUCUAUAUUUACGGAAUGAACCAAUAAAGAUAAAUAAAGAUAA